CGGCAGGGGGCGCUGUGCGACGGCGGCCGAGAGGCGGGGUCUGAGACGCAGGCUGCGAGCUGCGGGAACCAGGCUCCGCGUGGGCUGGGAGUCCCAGCAGCGGCUCGCCGUCGGGUCCCACGGAGGAGCGGGUAGCUGAAGCCAUACUAUUUUGUAACAUUCAUGGAGAUCGGUAAAAAUAUUACAAAGCAAGAAGAACUUUGGAAAAUGAAGCCUGAGAGAAAUCUGGAAGAUGACACCUACUCGUCUCGGGACACGGGAGAGACCAGCAUGCUGACCAGACAGGCGCAUUUGCCGCACAUGGUCCACGUCGACGCAUUUGACUGCCCCUCUGAGCUUCAGCACACGCAGGAAUUCUUCCCAAACUGGCGCUUGCCAAUUAAAAUCGCUGCCAUUGUAUCAUCUCUGACCUUCCUGUACACUGUUCUGAGGGAAAUCAUUUACCCUUUAGUAACGUCCCGUGAACAAUAUUUUUAUAAGAUCCCAAUCCUGGUCGUCAACAAAGUCUUGCCGAUGGUCGCCAUCACUCUCCUGGCUCUGGUCUAUUUGCCAGGCGUCCUAGCCGCGGUCGUGCAGCUUCGCAAUGGAACCAAGUACAAGAAAUUCCCCCCGUGGCUAGAUGGGUGGAUGCUGGCAAGGAAGCAGUGCGGGCUCCUCAGCUUCUUCUUCGCUGUGCUGCACGCGCUCUAUAGCCUGUCUUACCCAAUGAGGCGCUCCUAUAGAUACAAGCUGCUCAACUGGGCAUACAAGCAGGUUCAGCAAAACAAAGAGGAUGCCUGGAUUGAGCAUGAUGUUUGGAGAAUGGAGAUUUACGUGUCCCUGGGGAUUGUGGGACUGGCCAUCCUGGCUCUCCUGGCUGUGACGUCUAUCCCGUCUGUGAGUGACGCUUUAACAUGGAGAGAAUUUCACUAUAUUCAGAGCAAACUAGGAAUUGUCUCUCUUCUUCUGGGCACAGUGCACGCUUUGGUUUUUGCCUGGAAUAAAUGGGUGGAUAUCAAUCAGUUUGUGUGGUACACGCCUCCGACUUUUAUGAUAGCUAUUGUCGUUCCAACUGUGGUCCUGAUAUGUAAAGCCGUGCUCUCCUUGCCCUGCUUGAGGAGGAAGAUAAUGAAGAUUAGAUGUGGCUGGGAAGAUGUCAGAAAGACAAACAGGACAGAGAUGGCCUCCAGGCUGUAGAA